CCGAGAAAUAAUCACUCUGCCCACCCCGAAGUUGGAAAAGAACAAACGGACGAUUUUUGGUUCAACGAUGGAAAUGAAGAUUUUUUCGUUGAAGCCGACGAUGAUUUAAACUCCCCACGUAUGUAUUAUUUUUUUAUCUGUGUUAUUUUUAGUUUGUUCAUUUUUUUUAUUUUUUCUAGAAGAUAACUUCGAAAGACGUUCCGGUGGAGCUGCUAGAGCGCUUCGAUAUUCCUCAGUCGCCAAUAAUCUAUCGUGGGUCUGAAUCACAUUCGUCAGUCGCCAAAUAUUUUAUUCAAACGUUGGUUAAAAUUUCUUUGAAUAUUGCAAAGCUUAUGACGACCAAUGUUCUGAUCAAAAUGACCGAGGGUGAUCGACGAGUGCACGACGGUGCACCCAUUGCAAUCUGUGUAGUACAGUGUUUACGGUACGAAACCAUAAGACUGCUGACCACUGUCAUUUGUCAGGUAAAUAUCGUCAAACACUGUGCAAUACAUGUAAUUUAAAGCUGCAGAUGCCUAGUUUUGUCCCAUGCUUUUUUCAUAACUUGACAAGUUAUGAUUCACAUUUAAUCGUGAAAGAGCUGGGAUAUGAUACGAAUACGAUCACUGUGAUACCUAAUAGUGAAGAAAAAUGUAUUUCAUUUUCUAAAUAUAUAUCGAACGACAUUACUAUUUGAUUCGUCGUUUUGAUUGUAUGUUGAAAUACACUGGAAUGAAAUUAGAGCUCUUAAGUGACUAUGAAAUGUUACUAAUGUUUGAGAAAGGCAUUCGUGGAGGAUUGGUUCAAGCUAGCAAGAGAUAUGCUAAAGCCAACAAUAAAAAAAUGCUUGAAUUUGAUUCUUCAAAACCUAAAUCGUCGAUUAUAUAUCAAGAUGCUAAUAAUUUGUACGGUUGGGCUAUGAGCCAAUAUAUGCCCUACGGAGGGUUUAAAUGGGUUGACCCGUCGUUGGAAGGACUUGAUGAGCUUACUGAUACUUCGGAUAUAGGGCGAGUAUACGAAGUUGAUAUAGCUUAUCCAAAGGAUCUCCACGACAAACACAAUGAUUUGCCGUUUCUUCCAGAAAACUUGAUUCCAACAGGUUCUGUCGAAUAUAAAUUGAUGGCAACGUUGGAUCAUAAAAAAAAGUAUAUAAUUCACUAUAAAAAUUUGAAGCAAGCUAUCGCCAACGGGUUGAUUGUAGAAAAGGUUCAUAGGGUAAUCGAAUUUCGAAAAUCACCAUGGCUUGCAAAAUAUAUUGAAUUAAAUACCGAAAUGAGGAAACGAGCAACCAACGAAUUUGAAAAGGACUUCUAUAAGCUUAUGAAUAAUUCCAUUUUCGGUAGGAAUUCAUUAAUUAAUAUAUAAUUAAAUAUAAUAACUAAAUAUUAUUAUAGGUAAAACAAUGGAGUCAAUGCGUAUCGUUUAUCGUUCAAGUGGGCAAUAUUGGCAAAGCACGUUUCAACGGGUACUUCGAAAUAUGUCGGGGAAAAUUUUUUAUCUGAAGAAUAUCGUUAUAAUUUUUC